AUGGAUUUGAACAGUACUGCAAGUGGCUCACUACAGAAAGAAACCUGUCAAGUCAGGAUUGUCUACAACCAGAGUCAAAAGGCUAUCCUUCAAAAACAGUUUGAUCGAAACCCUUACCCUGAUACAGCUACUAAGAAACAGUUGGCCAAGAAAACAGGCAUUCCGGAGUAUAACAUUCAGAUUUGGUUUAAAAACCAGAGAGCAAAACAGAGAUCUGAAUGGUCCUUAGAAAGAGACCAAACCCAGGAACCACACCAGCAUCAGCCUUGGGCUCAAGAAUACUUACCAAAUGAAGCCAGGCAAGACCAGACAUCCAUCACAAGUUCUCAAUCAAACAUCCCAGUUCAACCCUUUGACGGGGACCAUUUCCCUGAUACUGCAACCAGGAAAAUAUUGGCUAAACAAACAGGCAUUCAGGAAUCAAGAACAUACGUUUGGUUUCAGAACCGAAGCUCUCCAUACCCAGGGCAGAGCAGAAGUAAGCUUGUGAAUUCCAUGGUAAACAACCCACAUGGGACACCAGAUCUGACAGUUCAGCAGCACCAAAUCAGCCUGUCUACUCUCCCAGAUGGGUCUCAUCUUCCUUCCUCCAAUUUUUUCAACAAGAACCAAACAUCUCUACCUGCUCCAUUCCCAUCCCAUGUGUCCUUUGUCCCUUGUGUGAGCCAAGGGCCAAGUGUCCUGAUGGUGCAGCCCAUACAGGCUGUGCAAGAAGGAGAGAACUCUCUCUCUACUCAGACACUUACAAACUACCUGCCAGUACUGCUGACUCCAGGAGGGGACCGCCCCAAUACUCACACUCCUUUCUGGCCCCAAAACCAAGAAAAAUGCCAGAAUCACGAAGAACAGACUGCCACAGGAGUACUACAGUUGAAGGACUAUAAUCAGCCUCAUACUGAGCACGAAAAACACCAAUCACAGAAUCUGGAUCAGACGGACCUACCUCACAUUAUGCAACGCUGGGAUGAGUGUUGCCAGGCUCUGAUUGCAGAAUGGGACCCUCAAAAAGGGACACACUGA